AUGCCGCCCAAGAAGGAUGACAAGGGCAAGAAGGGCCAGGCCGGCCCGUCCAAGGCCGUCGUCGACAAGACCUUUGGUAUGAAGAACAAGAAGGGCGGCGCCGCACAGAAACACAUCAAGCAGAUCCAGUCCUCCAUGAGCAACAGCGCCGAGGCCCAGAAGAAGGCCGCCCAGCAAGAGGCCAAGGCCCGCGAGAAGAAGGCACAGGAGGACGCCAGGGCCGAGGCAGCCCUGCUGCUCAACAAGCCUGCCCAGAUUCAGAAGGUCCCCUUCGGUGUCGACCCCAAGACCGUCGUCUGCAUAUUCUACAAGAAGGGAGACUGCGAGAAGGGCAAGAAGUGCAAGUUCUCCCACGAUCUGUCUCUCGAGCGCAAGACGGCCAAGAUCGACCUGUACGCCGACAACCGUGCCGAGGAGGAGGAGAAGAAGAAGGCAGAGACCUCGGCCGACUGGGACGAGGAGAAGCUGCGGAAGGUCGUCCUGUCCAAGAAGGGCAACCAGCAGACCACCACCGACAAGGUCUGCAAGUUCUUCAUCGAAGCCAUCGAAGACGGCAAAUACGGGUGGUUCUGGAUAUGUCCCAACGGCGGCGACAAGUGCAAGUACAAGCAUGCUCUACCACCAGGCUUCAUCCUCAAGACCAAGGAGCAACGCGCUGCCGAGAAGGCCUUGAUGGACAAGUCUCCACUCAAGACGCUGACCCUCGAAGAGUUCCUGGAAUCUGAGAGGCACAAGCUCACUGGCACCCUUACUCCCGUGACGCCCGAGAGCUUCGCCAAGUGGAAGCAAGACCGUCUGAGCAAGAAGGCCGCCGAAGAGCAAGCCAGGAAGGCCAAGGAGGCCACCGGCCGAGCCCUGUUCGAGAGUGGCGACUGGCGGUUCCAAGAAGAGGCCGGUUCCGACGACGAAGGAGACGACGAGGACGAUAUCUGGAACCUGCAGAAGAUGCGCAAGGAGACCGAAGCCCUCCGCCAGAAGAAGGAGGAGGAGCGCCUGCUUGCCGAGGCGGGCUACACGACCCCGGCGGGGGCUGUCGCGGCCGAGUCCAUCACCAACCCGUCGGAAGUGGGCGACGCUGCAUGA